AUGCCCUGUUUUGCACUUGUUAUUGCGGUGAAGGAGGAGGAGGAGGAGGAGGAGGAGGAGGAGGAGGAGGAGGAGGAGGAGGAGGAGGAGGAGGGGAGGAGGAGGAGGAGGAGCAUUGGAAGUGGGCCAGAGUGCUGGUUUGUCUGUGUCUGUUGCCCGUGUGCGUUGCUGCAGAUCAUUGAUGUGGUCGCCAAACACGGAUCCAAGCCUGUCGCCUGCCAUUUCCGACCUCACCCGCCUCACCUCUCUCUCUUUGACACGCGCUCAACUGGGCACAACAGUCCCAAGGGCCUGCGGGAUGUGGGACUCACGGGUGCCAUUGCUCCAGAGAUCAGCAAGCUGACUCGACUCAGCGACCUUGACUUGUCCUACAACUUGCUGGCAGGGCCCCUGCCAACCGUCCUCUGUAUCCCUACCCUCACAAACUUGGCCUUGAGCGUCAACCUCUUCACGUCCAUCCCUGCGGCGGUCUCCGUCAUGAAAAGCCUCAAAAGCCUUCGCUUGGACCGCAACAGACUCACAGGGUCUAUUCCCCCUCAAAUCAGUGUGAUGAAAGACCUCUAUAACCUGGAACUGCAAGAGAACGCGCUGACAGGACCCAUCCCCGCGCAACUCUCUGGCUUGCGCUCCUUGAAUUACCUUCAGUUGCAACUCAACAAGCUAUCGGGUUUGCUUCCUACAUUUCCACCACUUAUGAAGACAAUCAAUCUGAUGAGCAACCAGCUGGAUGGAAGUGUCCCAAAGUUCACUUCUCAGAAAUACCUCCUACAGCUGAACCUGGACAACAACAGGCUCACGGGAUCGGUGCCUUCUGGUUUCAGCGCUUCCGUUGAGAGAAUUUCGUUGCGCAACAACCGACUCUCUGGCAGGAUUCCUCCCAGCUUCUUCAGAGACAAUCAGGCUGCGCAGAAAUUAGCAGGAAACAGUGUGCAAGCAGCCCAACUCAUCACCAUCGAAGCGCUGGGAGACCUCACGUAUCUUGACCUUAGCUCCAACUCCCUUGAAGGAAACAUCCCCGAUCAGAUAUCCGAGCUCACGAGACUCUAUGUCCUUGACCUUAGCUCCAACUCCCUUGAUGGUACUAUCCCCAAUAAGAUGUCCACAGUCACGCAACUCAUGACCCUUGACCUUAGCUCCAACUCCUUUUCUGGAAGCAUCCCCGAUUGGAUAUCCACGCUCACGUAUCUAACUGUGCUUGACCUUAGCUACAACUCCCUCAAUGGGACCAUCCCGAGCGGAGUAGGCGAGCUUGGGUAUCUCAAUGUGAUGGACCUGAGCAACAAUCAGCUGAGCGGGAGCAUUCCGCAGAGCCUGUCUCGUCUCCAAUAUAUGACAAUGCUUGACCUGAGCAAUAACCUGCUUAAUGGAACCAUCCCCGAUCAAAUAUCCGAGCUCCAGCAACUCAGUGUGCUUGACCUGAGCAACAAUCGCCUGAGCGGGAGUGUGCCACAGGGCUUGACCGGACUCACUCAGCUCACAGUCCUGAGCCUGCGCAACAACCAGCUGAGCGGCUGUCUGCUGCAGCCCAUCCCGCCAUAUGUCAAGCAAUACCAGCUCGACAGCAACUUCUUCUCCUGCGGCUUCUCCUCUCCGCCUGACUGCACCCAGACCAUCAUAGCCGUGCAAGCCAACUGCCUCGGAGCCACCUACGUGCCGCCCUGCCCCAUGGACCCUCAGCGAGUGAAGGAGGUCUGUGCUUCCUUCUGCGGCCUCACUGCCACCUCGCUUCCUUGCGCCGGCCACGGCACCUGCUUCUAUUCUGGUCCCAAUAAGAUCCCCACGUGCACCUGCAACACCGGGUAUGCCAACGGGGAGGUCCCAGGGACGUGCGUGGCAGUUGCUGCUGGUGGCGUGACUCCUGCUGACUUUUCCCUUCUGACCUCAAUAAGCGUUGCUUCUGGCGAUGGCGGCGGCGCGGCGAUGGCGGUGAGCGGAGCAGCAGCGGCGCAGGCGGAUAACAGUGUGGUGCUGACGAGCAACCAGCAGGCGGCGUGGGGAGCGGCGUUCCUGGUGUCGCGCGUGCGCCUCUUCUCCUACGCUGUCAAGAACCACUCGUGUGGCCGUGAGAUCGCCCUCAAGCUCUCCUUCUCCUUCUCCAUCACCUCAGCCAUCGGCAGCAACAACGUCGGCAAGGGCGGGCUCGCGUUUGUGAUCGCAGCAAGGGACGAAAUCCCUGGUGGGGACGGCAGCACACUGGGCUACUCCGGCAUGAACGAGCGCAGCAUUGCAGUGGAGUUUGACACGUUUCAGGAUGCGAGCAGCAGCGACCCAGACAGCAGCCACGUGGGCAUCAACAUUGGUGGCUCCGUGGUGUCUAUUUCUACAGCCGCCGUGCCAGGGCUCAACUCAGGGAGCACCAAAUAUGCAUGGAUUGAAUACUCUCCGGGGAAAGGGGGCCUGCUUUCGGUGUAUGUGGCCAGUUCGGCCACUCGCCCGGCCAAGCCGGUUCUCGAGCGCAGCGUGUCGCUGUGUGGCGUGCUGAAGCCCACGUUUGAGGAUGCGACGUUUGUGGUUGGCUUCACUGCUGCCUCGUCUGAUCCCCCCCAGAAGCACACGGUGAUGCAGUGGUCGCUGGAUACAGGUAGCGGUUGCUUGGACACCAUAACAGCCCUGCCGCUGGGUUUCACGCUAGCAGAGGCCACGUUCACCACCUCAGGAGUCAACCUCUUCUUCCGCUAUGCGAGUGCUGGCGCUCUUCAACCGCCCACAGGGGGAGCACCUGGGGCGAGCACGGACGAGGAGCAGCAGUGGGCAGUGGCGACGAACAUGACAUGGGUGCGCGCAGAUCUGCUUCCCAGCUGGUCGGUGCCUAACCAGGCGGGGUGUGGUGACUGCUGGGCCUACGCUGUCGUCGCCAGCAUAGAAGCCGCGUAUGCCAUCCUCUCAGCCAAUGGCUCUCUGCCUGUCUUCUCCGUUGACUCACUUGUUGCCGACAUGAAGGCUGAUUGCUCCGGAGGAUCGCCCUCCAAGGCCUUCCAGUACCUGCUUUCUGUUAGCAAGCGCGGCGGCGGGCUGGAGGUGCAACAGGUGGGAGGAGGAGGAGGAGCAAGGGUAAGAAAGGGCGGAGGGAGGGGUGCGACGGGUGUGGCUGUGGCAGCAGGAAGCGGCAGUGCAGUGGGUUUGCAAGGGAAACAAGGGAAACAGGGGACACCGACAGCAGCAGCGGCGACGGCAGCUGCGGCAGCAGCGGGUCAGAGUCCACUGUGCUCGCCGUUGCUGAAGCCGAUAGCAGCCCUAUUUGGAGUGAACUGCACACCACCCAAGCAGAGAACGGGAUCCACUGUGGUGCGCCCGGGCUACAGCAUAACGGGCUUUGAGCGGGCGGCAUUCUACAGCUGGUUCGGCCUGGUGCUGGCGGUGCAGCGGCAGCCCGUGGUGGUGCACAUAGAGGCGUCUGCUGACUCCUUUCUCAACUACGAUGGGGACCCAGCGUGCUUCACGUACAACCUGAACCACGUGGUGCUGCUGGUGGGGUACCGCCUGGUGGGGUUUGACGAAGCCUUUCCCCACAUGGCGCCACCUUAUUGGAUCAUCCGCAACUCAUGGGGGCCUGACUGGGGCGAUGGGGGCUACAUGCGCAUGGACAUCCAGGGGGGGGAUGGCGUUUGCGGCAUCAACACUCUGCCGGGGAUCUACCCCAUCGUUCUUGACAAGCAGGACCCGUGCAAUGGCCGGGCGCACCAUGACACCAUCGGUGCCGUGUUGAACCCAUGCGGCAACUUUGUGUGCUCUCUCACUGCUGACCGCAAGUCCAACCGCUGCGACUGCAAAACCGCAACCGAUGGCCGAUUCAUUGAGGCCAUCAACACCGAUGGCUCGCGCACCUGUGCCUACGUGGAUGCCUGUGCAGCGCAAAUCCGCAACCCGUGUGCGGUGGGCACGUGUGUGAAUGACGGGGCGGGGUCGUACUCGUGUGUGUGUCCACCGGGCUUCAGGCAGGGCACCACCGUCGAUGGCACCUUCUCCUGCGCUCCCGGCAGCACCAACGGCACCUACACCGUCAUCUCACUCAAUGUCAAGUGCUCAGACGUCUUUCCCAUCUACGGCCUCUCUCUGGAGCAACUCAAGCAGCAGAACCCGGCCAUCUCGUGUGAAGCACCUUUACCAGUGGGCUCGGUGCUGCAAGUAGCCCCGCCCACCGCCGUUACCCCCUGCACUGUCUACUACACCACAGAGGAGGGCGACACCUGUGAGGCCCUGGCGACCUACUUCUCUCUCGCCAGCACCUGCCCAUCCCCCGAGUGCACGGCAGCCUUCCAGGCGCUCAACUUGGGGGUGGACUGCAGCGCCAACAGCGGGCAGCUGCCGGCGAGCCAGGCGGUGUGUGUGGAGCGGCGGGCGGAGAUGGCAGGCCUCGUGGCGCUGUGCUCGCAGUAUUACUUCGUGGAGAGCGCCGAGACGUGCGAGUCCAUCCGCAACGUGCCCGACCCGCCUCUCUCCCGCGUUGACUUUUACCGCCUCAACCCCGGCAUCAAGUGCAGCCGCCUCGUGCCCAAGACGGACGUUGGCAGCUUUACUGGGUUUGAGGCUCCAGAGGAGGAGGAGGAGGAGGAGGAGGAGGAGGAGGAGGAGGAGGAGGAGGAGGAGGAGGAGGAGGAGGAGGAGGAGGAGGAGGAGAUGCAUGCGGAGGGCGUGAGGGAGGUGGCCGUGGCAACCGGCCUAGAGGUGCUGUACCAGGAGACCCCCAACUACCGCGGAGCGGCGGCUGAGGCUGACCGCAUGAUCGAGCCUAGGGAGACGGCUAGGCAUGCCUGGCGAGUGCCUGACCUGGGUGUUAGGGAGCCUGCUAUUUGUUAA